UUGUAUAUAUUGUUGUUGUUGUUGUUGUUUUCUGCUGCUGCUACCUGAACAUUUCACACUCUUGACAGGUUUUGUGACUUAGGAGGCAUGAUGUGAACUCAUUCAAUAAGAGCAAUAUGUUUGUCAGCAAUUUCUGCUUAGAGUCCUGCCCUGUUCUCCUUGAUUGCUCAGGCUGUUAACAUCAGAACGAAUAGGUCAGACUCGGGUGUGGUGCAGUUUGCAGAAUGGCCACCAGAGGGCAGGGCUUUCUUCAGAUGCGGUGCAGGUUUGGCUGCAGGGGCUGCUACUUGGCAGCCACAAGGCAUUUGCUUGCUCCUGGGCAGGAGGGCCUCUCCCUUUGCACAAGCUCUCGCUGGAUUUUAGCCUUGUUAGAUUCGGUGUAUUCCAGAGAGCAAGGACCAUUUUCUUUGGCUAACAUGCUUUCUGCCACUCACCCCGUUCUUGUGAUCUUCUUAAUCAUCGGAGGGUCCAACGGAGACUCAGUGAACCAGACUGAAGUCCCAGUGGUUCUUCUAGAUGAGGCACCUAUGACUCUGAACUGCACUUAUGAGACCCUUGAUUCAGCUCCCUAUCUUUUCUGGUAUGUCCAGUAUCUCAACAGAGCUCCUCAACUCCUCCUGAAGGGGUCAACUGCAAAACCAAGGGCAGAGGAGCAAGGUUUCCAGGCCACUCUGGUUAAGAGUGACAAGACCUUCCACCUGCAGAAACGCUCAGUGCAAACAUCAGACUCGGCUGUGUACUACUGCGCCCUGAGUGACACAGUGAGAGGGGCUGCAGGGGGAGCUGAGCAUAAACCCAGAGGGCACAGGUGGGACUGGCUGUGGGCUGCCCUGGGAGGGGGGUUCUUCUCUGUCUCUGCUCUGGCAUGCUGGAGGCAUCCUCAGGGUAGUUCCAGCUCUGAUGCUCAGAGCCAGGAUCCUUGGAAUUCUUGGAUUGCUGGACAGAGAGGACUCUAGGCCAGGGCAGUUUAAGAGGAAUCUAAGAGCUCGUCUCAGAAAUGCCUCUCUUCUCAGCCCAGCCUCUUUCCUCCAGACGGCACAGAAUUUCUUGGAAGUGACACUAGCUCCAGCAUCUUCCUGUCAUCACGGCAGCUCUUACAGAACACUCAAUAAUCAUCCCACUUCUGGACUUGAGAUCUGUGCUUUGAGAAACUCUGGAUUCUGGACAUGGCCAGGACCGCGUAACCUAACGUCUUGUUUCUAACAUGGCAUUUAUGCCUGUGGUCCUUCUGAAGUGAGUCCGAUUCAGUGGCCAAGGAAACACUCAGGUGUUUGUGUAUGCAGAGACGAGGACACACAUGGACCCUUGUUCACUGGGACCCCAAGGGCUUACAAUAGUCCCUAGUUUCUCCACCAAAGGAACACAAACCAGAGAAAUGUGUGCCUCUCACGGAAACCCUCAGGGGAUGUGGCUCAGCAAGAGAUGCUUGUCCUAACACCCUGGAGAUCCCUGCACGUCCUCUCUCCUUUAUCCGUCUUGCAUGAUUCACUGGGCCUUAUGGGUCUGCAUGCAGUGUUUGGGGCCUGAAGGUUCUUUGAUUCCUGAGGCUCUCCCUAAGAAGCAGAACCUAGAAUUACAAAUACAUGUUUCUGGGCCCCAGGAUAACGUCUAUCUUGACCCAUGGGAACUCAGCCUCUGGGAUCCCAUAAAGAUCACCAUCUUCUUUAAGACCCACCUUCCUAAUUGUCUCAUUCUGUCCUGAUAUUUCUAGUACCCACAGGAAUAGAAUCACAUGGUGUCUGGCCCUGGGUGACCGGCUUUCACAGAGCAGAAUCUUCUCAAGGUCUGUCCAGGUAACAGUACUUCACUACUUCUCGUGGUGGCGUAACAGUCCACCGUCUGAAAACCCCAGUUUCUUUAUUCAUUAAUCCCUUGGCCAUUCAGUCGAUGUUUCCACUUUUUAGAUGUUACGAACAAGGCUGCAAUGAACAUUC